CUACCAGCCGAACCCGGAGCGCGAUCCACCCCCUUCAUUUGCUCCACAAGCUGAAAAUGGCAGCCGUUACAGGGGCGCUCCGAAGGUUAUUGAAACCCUCGUGCCACGAGGUUUGUUCCUGCUGUCACUCAGCGUGCUCCAUAUUUUAAGGGGACAGCUGUGGUGGAUGGAGAUUUCAGGGAAGUCAGUUUAGAUGACUUUAAAGGAAAAUACCUGGUCCUUUUCUUCUAUCCCUUGGAUUUCACUUUUGUAUGCCCAACAGAAAUUAUUGCUUUUAGUGACAAAGCAAAUGAAUUCCAUGAUGUGAAUUGUGAAGUUGUUGCUGUAUCAGUGGACUCUCACUUCUGUCAUCUGGCCUGGAUAAAUACACCACGAAAGAUUGGUGGUUUAGGCCACAUGAAUAUCCCCCUUCUAUCAGAUUUAACAAAACAGAUUUCCCGAGAUUAUGGUGUUCUCAUAGAAAGCUCUGGGCUAGCAUUAAGGGGCCUUUUUAUCAUUGAUCCUAAUGGCAUCGUCAAGCAUUUAAGUGUCAAUGAUCUCCCAGUGGGUCGCAGUGUAGAAGAAACACUUCGGUUGGUGAAAGCUUUCCAGUAUGUAGAAACACAUGGAGAAGUCUGCCCAGCAAACUGGAUUCCAGAGUCCCCAACGAUUAAGCCAAACCCAGAAGAUUCAAAAGAAUAUUUUGCAAAAGUAAAUAAAUAAAAUGGUGAGCAGUA